AUGAUUUUGUACUCACUUCGACACCCAAAGUUUGGAGUGCGUGUUCUAGUCAUGUUAUGCCCAACAACUCCAUUACAAACAAAUCACACGUACUCAAAAUUCUAUCUAUCCUACAACAUGUUUUUGCCUCACACUACAAACGAAGAAAACCUAACCCUAUUCCAACAAAGAAACAUGUCCAACGAUGCUGCUGCUGUGGCUGUUGCUUCGCCCGUGAAGAAGGCCUCACCCCGGAAGGCUUCCCCGAAGAAGUCGGCUGCGAAGAAGACCGUUAAGAGGACUGCUCCAAGGAAGGUGGCCAAGAAGCCAGCCACCAAGAAGCCAGCUACCAAGAAGCCAUCUGCAAAGAAACCGGCCACCAAGAAGGCGGCGGCGAAGAAGCCCGUGGCGAAGAAGGCGGCCAGGAAGGCUCCCAGGAAGGCAGUGAAGAAGGCGCCGAAGAAGAAGUAG